UUGAAAUCUAAUUUUAUAUCUUUUUUAUUUUCCUUUUUAUAUUCAAUUUCCUUAAAUAGAUGUUAUGUUAUUUUCUUAGUCGUUUUAUCACAAACAGGUUUUUACUUAAAUCAUUUACAAAUGUCUACCAGCCUCAGUCAAAACUCUGCAAUGUUGCUUCAUCUUCAAAAUUAUUAGAAACGUGCAAUGGAAGGAUUGUUAAUUUGAGGAAUUCAUCUUCAGAUGUUUUUCAGCAUUGUGAUCACAUUCGAAUUGAUGACCUUGCAGCUGCUAAACAAAUUGCAAGCAAAAUUGGUCCAGCUGAAAGAGAAUUAUUACUUCAAAUUCUAGUUAAAGAAUCACCAAACUAUACAGAUAUUCGUAAUGGCGAAGAAGACGGUGAAUUACAUAUUGACCAACUCAGACAGUUAUUUACUAUUAAUACAAUUCCUUUUAUUGGGUUUGGAUUUCUUGAUAAUGCAAUAAUGGUUUUGGCUGGUGAAUAUAUUGAUCAGUCUUUGGGAACUCUUCUUUGUAUUUCAACGAUGGCUGCAGCUGCUUUGGGGAAUAUAAUUUCAGAUGUAGCGGGUGUUGGACUUGCUCAUUAUGUUGAAGUUUUUGUUACUCGACUUGGUUUUAAAAGUCCAACGCUUACCUCUAAACAAUUGGAAUCUCGUAAGGCUCGUUUAACUGUAAAUCUGGCAAGAGCAUUUGGUUUAAUUGUUGGUUGCCUUUUGGGAAUGUUUCCUCUUCUAUUUUUUAGUGAAGUGGAUAAAUCAAAAAGUGAAAUUGUUCUCUAA